GUUGAAUCAACACUCAACAAAUCCUUCAUGUCCACAUCAUCCUGGGGGAUAUACUGAUGAUGAAGCCAUAGAUCCGGACUAUGAAACAGAAGCCUCAGUCUACAGUGACUCAGAAGAUGAUAACCCAAGGCAGGCAGAUGUACAUAAGCAGAGGAAGUUUCUUGUUUUUGAAGACAAUCUUUUAGAACUGUUCAACAGAUGUGAAAUGUGCCAUCUCCCUACCAAAGGCAAAGUCUGCAAUGUCCAGGGAUCAGCUAUGGCCAUCAAACAAGUUUGUGAAUGUGGACACACCAGGCGAUGGGAGUCACAGCCCAAAGUUAGAGGUGUUCCUGCUGGGAACAUUCUUCUUAGUGCUGGCAUUUUGUUCUCAGGAUGUUCACCUUCGAAAGUGCUGCGAAUUUUUGAUUUUAUUAAUGUAUUAAGUAUUAGUCUUUCAACUUUCUUUAGUCAUCAAAGAACUGUAUUGUGGCCAGCAAUUGAGAGAGUGUGGACAAAGUGUAAUGACCAACUGAUAAGUGUCCUUCUAGACCGCGAAGAAGAGCUUGUGGUUGCUGGAGAUGGACGUUCUGACAGCCCGGGACACUCUGCAAAGUUUGGUGUAUACUCCAUGAUUGAUAUGCACACCGGGAGAGUAGUAGCCAUUGAACUUGUGCAGUCCAAUGAAGUGAAGUCAAGCUACCAUAUGGAGUUGGAGGGCCUUAAGAGAGCAACUGACAGUUUACGCAGAUGUGGCCUGUCCCUUGCAGAAAUCAUUACAGACAGGCAUCUGCAAAUACAAAAGUGGAUUAGAGAGAAUUUACCUGGGACUGUCCAUUCCUUUGAUGUGUGGCAUAUUGGAAAAGCUGUGAAAAAGAAGCUCCUUGCACUGUCCAAGGAAAAAGACUGCAACAUAGUCUGCAAGUGGAUGAAGAGUAUCACCAAUCACCUUUAUUGGUCAGCCGCAUCCUCCCAGGGAGAGGAGGGCUCCAUGAUUGCAGCAAAGUGGACAUCAGUGGUCAACCAUGUUCAAGACAUUCACACUGGACAUGGUGACCUCUACCAGCAGUGCACCCAUGGUCCCCUUGAACCCCGAGAAUGGUUAAAAAAGGGCUCAAAGGCAGCUGCCAAAAUGGAAGACAUUCUGCUAAACAAGAGACUGUGCAAGGACAUCAAAAACCUGUCCACAGGAUUUCAAACGUCAACACUGGAAUCAUUUCACAGUGUAAUCAAUCACUUUGCACCAAAAAUGACAGCAUAUUCCUUUCACGGACAAAUGUGUCGCCAAUACUUGGCAGCCCUACAUUUCAAUGAAAAUGUGCAAAGAGGUAAAAAAAUAUCAAAAAAUGGAAAGUUCAACCUGAAGAUAGUAUUUCCAAAAUAUAAGGAUGACUUUUCAGUCAAGUUUGUGAAUGAUGAAAUGACCUUUGGUUAUGUAAAGGAACUUCUUGACAUGUGUAUAGAAAUAUGUGGUGAAAAAAACAAAAUGUCAACCCCAGCCCCACCUCCCCUCACAUCAGGGAAAAGAAAGCCAACCAAGGUUGAGGUAACAAGGUGUUUAGGAAAAAACAAAAGGUUGAAAUAUUAGUGUAGGGGAAAUAAGAAACAACAUAGAUUGUGACUGUUUGAAUAUAUCCCAAGAUUUGUCAACAAUUUGGCAUUUUCCUUUUUCAACAGUACAUGUAUAACCUGUAUCAUAAUUGAAUAUUAUUUCCUGUAAUGGUGGUUGUUUCUGUAUAUAUGCAUGUAUAAUCUAAUGAAUCUUUGUGACAGUGGAAUGUUUUUUUGUAUUAUACUUUCACUAAAGUUUUGAAUAUUGUUACUUAAAAAUAACUUUAUAGUAUCUGUAUAAUAUUAGCAAUACCUUUUUUUUUUCUUAUCCAGCCUCUUGAUCAGGUUUCAAAAGUUUAGAUUGAUUGUUUUCCUUUGUUAAGUGCAUGUUUGCCAUUCUAGUCCUUGUUUUCUGUUACUUCAAUGCCAGAGAAUUGUUGUACAUAUCAUUUGGUGCUUUUAUUGUUUGAAAUAAC